UUAAGUAUUAACAUUGUCAUCAUCUACAUAAUUAUAGUUUUAAAAUAGAUAAUGUGAAUAAACUGUUACGACUAUUAGGUUGUAUGUGUACAAUAAGUGUAAGUUAUCGUCAUUGCUAUAACAUUGUAAGUUUUCUAAUACACAGUUUUGAAUAGGGGACUUCAAAGAGUAGGGUAUGUACAAUGAAGGUAGGACUUGAUGGGAUUUAGUACAGCUGUCGCUUGCUGGCACAUAGAAUAUAGUAAUUAUAGUCGAGUAACAGACGCUAUUAGUCGGUUAAAAUUAAAAAAAUUUUAUUUUUAUUUUUAUCAGUUUAUAUAUAUGUUUCUUUUUUUUAUUGUAGAUUUUCAAAUAUUGAAAUAAAAGUUUUUAUAAAUAAGUAAUCAUUUGUAUGCUAAUAGUUGGUAAUUAUCGGGUUUUGUAAUGUUUUCAAGUAAAGUUAUUGUUUUAGUUUAAUAUGUAAAUAGUCCCUUACAGUUGGGUCGUGUUUGAAUAAAAAAAUUUAUUGAAGAACUGUAUUGAUCAAAUGCAAUAUUUUUGCAAAUGUAUUUUUAAUAAUUUAAAAUAAUUUAUCAUGUUGAUGAUCAAGCGUGGUUGAGGCAAUAAUUUAAAAAAAUUUUUAUAAUUAUGAUAAGUUGUUGAGUUUAUUGGAAACUAUUAAUUACAAACGCAUCAUUGAAAACUAAUAUCAUUAUAGCUACGAAUAAUAGAGAAAAACGUAAAUAUAAUACAUAUUAUCUCAAUGAAAUUCCGAAGAGGCAUCAAUGAUGAAAAUAUAAAGAUGGAACUUGUUUCCCAUCGUCAUACCACUUGUUCUAGUCGAAUAUCGAGCAAGAAAAGAUUUAAGCCAGUGCGAUCUUCUGUUAAAUUAAUGUCAAAGCUGUAUAGCCAGAUUGAAGUUAACCAUUCCUUAAAAUCCAAUGUCGGAAAAAAUACAUUAUUAGAUUCAACAAAAAAUUUAUCGACAAUUAAUAGCUUAAAAAACUCAAUAAAUGUUAAUAAGGUAUCUCUUGAUUUCGAAUCCAAAUUAUCGCUAAAUUCUGACAGUUGCAAAAAAAAUGAAUUAACCAGUGAAUUGACAAGUGACAAUGUAUAUCUUAGUUAUAAAGGAUACGAAAAUCCUAGCUUUGUUCUAGAUUCUUCCCUUGAAUCUUCUAUAACUGAAUAUCUUUUUGAACCAUUUAAUGAUAGAAAAGAAAAAACAGAUAACUGUGAAGCAAUAAAAUUACCAAAUGGUUUGCAUAAACAAAUAGGAAAUAAUUUUUCUGUUGUUGCUGAUGAGCAUUGUAAUAAUCACAGAGAUUUUUCACAUAAAUAUACUCAGCAAAAAAGAAGCAACAAUGAAAAUGAUAACUACAAGCAUUUACCCAUCAAUCGAAAAAAUAGUUUUAGUUGGAAAACUCAAACUAAUCCAAAAUGUUAUUCACAACUUUUUGACGAUCAGCACUCUGAAAUCUCCACUUUAAUUAAAGGGUUCGGAAAAAAAAAAAUUCAACUUCAACUGCAUAGUCAUGAAAGCAACUACUUGAUAGUAGGGUCCAUCAACCCUUUAACGGCUCAGCUUUCUCUCAACAUGUACUUGCAUGUUUUAUUUGCAGCAAUUGAACAGGAAAAUUUAGAAAAAGUUAAUUCAAUUCUUGAGUCUGCAAAUGUUGAUAUUAAUAGUGUAAAUAGCGACGGAUUUUCCCCAUUAGAUUUAGCUGUACUUGGGAAUAAUAAAGCAUUAAUUAAUAUAUUAAUCGCACAUGGUGCUCGAGAAGGAAAUCAAUUUUCAUCUCCUGAAAACUUAAGUAUUCACUUGACGUCUUUAAUGCAGACAGCUGAACAUAAAUUAUCUAAAGCAAGUAGACCUGAAUCUUGUUUAGCUACCAAAACUACAUUAUUAGAAACUCGAAAUAUUACGGCAAGUCUUUCAACAAUGAAUAAUUUUCACUCUGGAUGGACUGAUGACACAAAUAGUAAACAAACUGCACUCUGGGAACGUAGAGUAAGAACGCUGAGAAAAAUGUUAGCUGAUUUUGACCAAGCACGCCCCCCUGAUAUUCCACGCACAGUUAACCUGGAAAUUAUUGGAACCCAGUCAGUAAUUGUAAAAUUUGAAGAAUCAACUAAAAAAUCUUCUUCUGCAUGUACCAAAUUUAAAGUGCAAUGGAGUACAAAAAAAAAUUUUUCAGUUAUCACAGGUGAAGUCGAAAUAUUUGACAUUAGACAACGUCAAUGCCAAAUCGAUAAUCUUGUUCAAGGACAAAAAUAUUUUUUUCGAAUAUGUUUGGGGAACUUGAAGGGGUAUAGUCAAUUUCUACCUUCAUCACCCCCUUGCGCUGUACCUAGCAGUUGGCGUGACAUCGAUGAACGAUUACCCAGAUAUACAGAUCAACUAGAACGAUUAAAUUUACUUUUGAUCGAAAUGCAACGUCCAGAGUAUACUAAAGAAUCAUCAGCUAGUCAAAGACGCAAUCAUAAGAAAAAAACAAUAAAACAACUAUUUUCUGCUACAAGUAAAUUUCAGAAAAAUCUAAAACGUGGCAUUUAUUUAGCUUGUAUUUUAUAUCACGAAAACAAAGUAUUAGUAACCAAUGAAGACUUUCUACCCGUAAUUCAAAUCGAUGAAACUUAUCCUAACUGUAUAUAUAAUAAUUUUUAUUGGUUAAUGAAAGUUUCAUAUAUUUGGGACAAUUUAAAGACUUUAAAGCAAGACAUGGAGAAAAAUUAUGAAAGUUCUAUUAAUCAUUUCAAACUAAAAUACCUUCAAGCAUCGGUACAGAUGCAGGCUGCAUUAGGUAUUCAAAAUUUGGGUGAAAUUUACUACAUGCCAAUUAAAGACAGUCAAGGAACUGUAGUUAUUUCAACGAUUAAUCAUAUUAUAUGUCCAAAAUCAGUAUCUUUACUCAAUUGUAGAUGGUUACCCCUCAGUAAAGUUAUGAAAAAAACUAUUAUCCAUGAAGAGAGCAAUGUUUCAGACAUUUUAAUGUCAAGUAUUCAAAAUAAAAUAACUUAUCAUCAGUUGAGCAGUAUUAAACUAAAUCGGGGACUUUAUUUAGGAUAUCUGAAAAUGCAAAGUAGCGUUGAUCUCAUUCAAAUAGUGGUACCUGCUAAGACACCAAAUGUUCUACCCCACUGCAAAAUUCGUGAUAAUCCGUACGUAUCCGCUGAAGAAUGGAAUCAUUUGAAAAAAGUCAUACACACAUCAGUAUCCGACAGCACAGUAAAAGUAUGUGUUGCAGAAGAAGCAAAAGAUUCAUCCAACGAAUCUCCAACAGUUGAUCAAGGAAAGUUAUUUAUAGAAACGGUAGCAGUUGCUGUUAAUCAGCUUUUUUCUUACAUGGGCAUAGAUUUUCAAGAUUUUGAAACUCACAGAUUAUAUGACGCUGAAAUUAUUGAACUAACUGAUGACGUAUCAUUCCUCAUUGUUGUUCCACCUGUCGAAAAUGUAUGUUUAGUACCAGGUACUCGAGAUAUUUUUUUACAACGAGGGGAUCUGUUGACUCUGCCUAUACAAAUUUUCGAAAUGGUACAACUAAAUGCUUAUCAAAAAAACAUAAUCGAUCGUUAUUCGAAGCUUAGUUGUAUUCUUGAAUUAGAAAUAGUACAAGCACAACAUAAACAUAGAGAAGCUUUUAGUUCGACUGAAGUUAGUGCAGCGAAAGAUAAACUAACUAAACUACAAGAAUUGCAGUCCCAAAUGAAUGAUAUUUGGAAAGGUGCUCGAUGGUUAAUUGAUGUCAUAACGUUUUCUCGUGACAGAGGUUUUUCUCAAUCCGUUCAACGAAAUAAUAGCGGUAUCACUUUGAAAUAUUUACUGAAUGUUAAUCAAGGUAACGAAUCCAAUGCGCAAUGUAGUAAGCGAAUCUUGUUACAACUCCCUGCAAAAGAUACAAAGUCAGUUAAAACAAAUCCUAACAGAGGAAGUUGGCCUGGACUAAAUACAUCAAACAAUCUGUGUGCUACUGAACUAAGUAAAAGUGAACAGCAUCUGUUACAACAAGACAUAAUAACUGAUGAUACGACCUAUAUGAGUAAUGUUUCCCAAACUGCUAAUGAUGAGGGAAGUGGAAGUAACGAUUGUUCAAAAUCAUUUGCUUCUUCUCAAUCAAUUAAAUCGAGUAGCUCAACAUAUUUAAAUGGAACAACAGUAGCGAUGUCAUCUUCAAAGUCUGAAGACAUUCUGUCACUUGAUCGACAUAAGCACACUCGAAGUGGACUGAAAAAUAAUUUUACGAUUGUUAAAUCAAUUUCAGCAGGUAUAAAUCCUCAACUAGGUGAAAAAUCAACGACUUAUGAAAGAACAAUGAAAGAUAUUUCAAUUGAUUCUGCAGCAAAUACAACUACUUCACUAAGUGUUAAGAGUCUUAAUUCGGAUAGUAUCCAUUUACCAUACACAGAUAAUUCUAAUGCAAUCUCACAUCCCAUUAGAAGUCACAUAUCCACAGUCCAUACUAAAAGUGAUGUACUGAAAUCUACGGCAAGUGUAGCAGCUACAGCAAGCAUUUCAAUGGAUACUCAUCUAGAUGAAUUAAAAGAUCAAUCAACUGUUUUACCAGUUCCACCACCAGGCAUUCUUCAGGUAUAUGUUGCCUAUGAAACUGGGUUAGCUUCCGGAACAAGUUUGAAAUUGCAUGUUACUCCGAGAACAACAGCACGGGAAGUAGUUGAUUUAGUUGUCAAACAAUUAAACAUGGCAGUUGUACUCAAAGGACAAGAAGGACCGAUUUACUCAGCUGAAGAAUUACCUAAUUUUUGUUUAGUAGCUGUUAUUGGUGCAAGAGAGCGAUGUUUAAGAGAUGACUUUAAACCAUUACAGCUUCAAAAUCCAUGGAAAAAAGGCCGUCUUUAUGUUAGACAAAAACAAGAUGUUUUAGCUGCUCUUGAGCACAGCAGUAAACACUUGGCUUAUUUGUAAUAAUAAUAAAACUAUUAUUUUAUAUAUUUUAA